AAGUGGCCGGUGCUGCGGGAGUUGGAGUCGGUCCUCGGGCCUGAGCCUCGAGGCCGCGCUCCCGGGUGUCGUUGAUGUUCGGGGCCGCCGGACGUCCAGCGAUCGGAGCCGCCGCAGCCGCCGCAGCCGCCGGGAAGAGCUGGCAUUUCAGUAGAACAAUGGAAGAGCUUGUUCACGAUCUUGUCUCUGCACUGGAGGAGAGCUCUGAGCAAGCUCGAGGUGGAUUUGCUGAAACGGGAGAACAUUCUCGCAAUCUGUCCUGCCCACUGAAACGCCAGGCCAGGAAAAGGAGAGGGAGGAAGCGGAGAUCCUACAAUGUUCACCACUCAUGGGAGAGUGGCCACUGCUUAAGUGAAGGCUCUGAUUCCAGUUUAGAAGAGCCAAGUAAGGACUAUAGAGAGAUCCACAACAACAAUAAGAAAGACCACAGUGACUCUGAUGACCAAAUGUUAGUGGCCAAGCGUCGGCCAUCUUCAAACUUGAACAACAGUGUCCGAGGUAAACGACUUCUGUGGCAUGAGUCUGAUUUCGCUGUGGACAACCUUGGGAACAGAACUCUCCGCCGGAGGAGGAAGGUAAAGCGCAUGGCCGUGGACCUCCCGCAGGACAUCUCCAGCAAAAGGACCAUGACCCAGCUUCCUGAAGGCUGCAGAGAUCAGGACAUGGACAACGAUAGGGCUAACCAGUAUUCAGAGUUUACCCGGAGUAAAGUUAAGAAAAGGAAGUUGAAAGUGAUUAGACAAGGACCAAAAACCCAAGAGGAAGGAGUAGUGUUGGAAAGUGAAGAAGUAAGCCAGAGCAAUAAAGACAAAAUGGAGUAUGAAGAACAAAAAGUCUCCGAUGAGCUCAUGAGCGAAAGUGACUCCAGCAGUCUGAGCAGUACUGAUGCCGGCCUGUUCACCAAUGAUGAGGGACGACAAGGUGAUGAUGAGCAGAGUGACUGGUUCUACGAAAAGGAGUCAGGAGGAGCCUGUGGUAUUGCUGGAGUCGUGCCGUGGUGGGAAAAGGAAGAUCCUGCAGACCUCGACAAAGACUUACCUGACCCAGUGUUUGAAAGUAUCCUGAGUGGCUCCUUCCCGCUCAUGUCACAGCCUGGCAGAAGAGGUUUCCAAGCUAGACUCAGUUGCCUUCAUGGAAUGCCUUCAAAGAAUAUUAAAAAAUCUGGAGGGUCUCCGCCUUCAAUGAUGUCUGCUCCUGGCCCUGUCAGUAACAAGAGGAUGGUUCACUUUUCCCCAGAUGCCCAUCACCAUGACCACUGGUUUAGCGCUGGGGCUAGGACAGAGCACGGCCAGCACCAGCUUCUGAGAGAUAGCCGAGCGGAAAGAGGACACAAGAAAAACUGCUCCGUGAAAACAGCCAGCAGGCAAACAAGCAUGCAUUUAGGAUCCUUGUGCACAGGAGACAUCAAAAGGAGAAGAAAAGCUGCCCCUUUGCCUGGACCCACUACAGCAGGAAUUGUAGGUGAAAACGCCCAGCCAAUCCUGGAGAGCAACAUCGGGAACCGCAUGCUUCAGAGUAUGGGAUGGACACCUGGGUCAGGCCUCGGGAGAGAUGGCAGAGGGAUCUCUGAGCCAGUUCAAGCUGUGCAAAGGCCAAAAGGGUUAGGACUUGGAUUUCCUCUACAAAAGAGCACUCCCACCAGCUCUGCCCCUACGUCGGGAAAACCUGCCUGAGCAGAAAAGCAAGGAAGAAAACCUGCAGCUUCUGUUCCCAUGCCCUGUUGUCCUAACAUGAUCGUAGAGCUUCCUGGUUUGAUGCUGACCUCUGCGUUGCCUCCAGCCAGCUUCCGGGAGCAUAGAGCCCCACCACAGUGCAGUGAUAGAAAUGGGAUUCCAUCACAAUUCAUGGUGCUGAAGUAUGAACGUUGACCCUUUACAUUUCCUCAUAAUUUCCAGAAGUCUCUAGAUAGGAAGAACAGUUGGUCUUUUAUUUAUUUUGAUCCUAGACGUCAGUUCUUUCUACUGCCUUGCUCGAUUCAUGCAUGUGUGUAAUGCCCAGAGAAACUCGAGCACACCCAGUAGGCCAAAAAGGAUCGCAUUUUUCAUGACCGUACACUAGGUAGUUCUGUCUGGUCCCCAUCCAUGGAGACCUAAGCACAUCUGGGAAGGGCUUGGUAAGCUUACAUUCCUGGACUUGGGCUCUCCUGAGGAUUUGUAGCAUGAAUCCUCGGUGGACAGAGAGCAAUCAGUGUUUCCCUCAGACAUUUGACAGACGGUAACCUCGUCCUCAUCACCACAGUGCCCUCAACAUUCCUCCAGUGCAGAUUUGAUGAACGUUACCUCAUUUAGAACGUAAAAUAUUAGUAAAAGAAAAUGUAUUUUUCAAUUCUGCUGACUGAACUGUAAGCCCUGCCCUCCAGAUGCCUACCUCUUCCGAAAGGCUGGUGUUUAAGGAUCAGCUCCAAGAUGAAGAACAGUGACUGAAGCUUUAGUCACUGAAGUAAAUGAUUACACUCUUGAGUCGGUUUAUUUGAAGAUUUAAGUAGCUUUCCUGGUAACAGAGAUUACUGGCAAUGGCCUAACCAACCUCCCAAGGUACAGGAGAAACUGGGGGACCUGUCAUUUUCAGAUUGAAACACUUACUUUACAAUUAAGCAAAACACUCUGUUCCUUCCAUUCCAGUUCUGCGUCAUUCACUUAAUAAUGUCAGAAACUUUAGGUUAUUCUUUGUUCAGAAAAUACUGAUUCCUUAUGAUCUUCAUUAAAAACCCUGAUAAUUAUUAUUACUUUACAGUGGCCUCAAUUGGUCCAGUAAAGGUUGAGAUAACCCAUAUAACGGUAGCCUUGAACAACGGAGUGUGAACUUCAAUUUUGUAAAUUGAAAAUAAUUUUUAAUUUUUUUUUUUUUUUUUUUUUUUUUUUUUAGGCAUAGAAAGGUUUCAAUAGUUAACAGACCAUUUCCUACAUGGUCCUCUAUAAAAAUGCAGCCUUCACAGUCUGGCAGACAUUUGCAUUUCUUCUAGGAACUGUCUUACUUGGGAGAAUUGUAGUAAGAAGUGGGCUGGCUCAGACAAGACAGAUGGACACUGAGCGCUUAUGGAACUCUUGUGUUGGGCAAAGCACUGCUGCUUGUACAAGUUCGUCACUAGAAAAUUGGCAUUUUUAACAGUUGUCCUCCUAAAUGGUAAUUGUCCGCAUGUCGGAGGGAAGGUGGAAGACACUGUAACAAUUGUAAUAGUAUACUGUACUCAAGGGUCUCUUCCAAAGUUGUUUGCAUUUCUUUGUUUGAACUCCAUUUCCUGACAGUCUUGUAAAGCCCUGGGAUUUUUAAGGGCUUGAUUUCGAGCUGAUGAGACACGAAGAGGCCAGUGCACACUUAGCUCUGAGCUUUGGAGGAUGUGGCUACUGUGAUCAUUUUACCUUGUUCUAGAGGAUGCAUGGGAGCAUCCCACAUGCUGAGCCAGGGCGGCCUGCAUACUGGUCCUUCUGCGCGCUUUCCAUAGGUACCCUCCAGACGGUGCGAGCCUUCUGACCUGGCUUCUGCGGAAGGUUCGUACUGAGCUGCUGUAACACCAAAGUUCUACUUUCACACUAGAAACUUCUUGCCUCACAGAACAGUUUAUAUUGUACAAGUGUUUAUCUGUUUAGAGUAAAAGAUGAGCACUUAAACAGUAACAGAGACAGCUCCUACCCCACCCUGUCUGCCCACAGCCCCCCUUUUACAUUCAAGUCCUUGUAAAGAUCUGCAAGAUGGUACACUCUGUUAUUCCUUACCGUAGCUGAGAAGUAAACACAAUUAAAAUAGGAAACUUUCGUGUAAAUCUAAUGUCUACUUGUGACAUGAGUCCCGCUGUUUACAUUUAAUAGAGAUUAAUCAAUUUUUGUCAGUUCAAAUCAGUUCAUGGAGCCCACACCAUCAAAGGAGUUCAUGUUUUUAAAUGUGUCCUUCGUAUCGCUUUUAAAUGGUAUUAGGAGACGUCCUCAGCUUCCUCAGGAAUCCGCCCUGCUGCUCUGCAACCUCAUCAGUUAAGGUCUCUUUCCUUCCCAUCCACUCCCCACAGUAGCCAAAGAACGAAGAGUUUGGCUGUGUGCACUGUGACUCCACAUUGUACGCAUUUGAUGCCAGUCGGAUGUGGGCUGCAGCCAUUUUCUCCCUUCCCCUUCCUUUCCUAAAUAAAAUGUGUAUGGCUGCAUUCCCCUCAAAAUCAUUUCCUUCAAAGUGGCCAGCUAUUCUACAUCCACCUAUAUUCCCAGAAGUUGGGAGGUUGGGGUAGGAGGAUUGCCAUGAGUCCAAGACCAAGCUAGUCUGUAUAGUGAGUUCCAGGACAGACAGGCCUGCGUAGGGAGAACCAAUAAGUACCAAUUCAAGUCCACUGCUGAGUGCAGCUUGAAUUACUUCAUGGAGUCCACACUGCUCAUAAAGUGAGCACAGUGGUUUGCACUCUUGACUGUAGUGAUUAAGCAGACAAAAAGUCGAGGCGGCAGGGUUAAAUGCGCACGUGUGGGCAUGUACACGCUCACGGGCAUUUGUGGCUACGUUUUCGUGCAGUGUACAGACCUGAUUCAGAAAUUCUGCCCUUCCUUCAUGUUUAACAUUUCAAAUUGGUAUUCAGUGCAUUUCAUUUUGAGCACAUGUUUCAUAAGAGAAUAAUCAUUGAAAUACUUUUAAAACCAUUUUAACUUGUAUUUUGUCUUUCAGAAAAAGAAAUGAUCUACAUUGGUACUGUAAAAUGAAGUUGUUAGCAAGGAAUACUUUGACUUUUUUUGUAAAAAAUUGUUAUUCGUUCAACAAAGAAGUGAAAGAAUAAAGCCCAGUGAGAACAUUA